CAGAUUCUUUAUUCUCGUCCUAUCUGAUCAUCAAAAAGUAUUAAAAUAAAGAAAGUGUGAGCAUUUAAAAAUAAAUAAAAACCUAUAUAUUGACAACUAGUAAAUUUCGAAUGAGAAUGGUAAACUCUUAGAUUAUGAUAAUUACACUUCUUUGAAGAGUGAAUGCAUGAAUGUGCUAUUUGAUUUAUUAUGUUAUCGUAACAAUAAUUUGAAAUUCAAUUUGGCCAUGUGAUGUCGCUUUUAAACUACUUAUUAUUUUUUCGAAUCAUUAAAUACAGAAAAAUAUAUACAUCUUCAAACCCUCUAACACGGAGGACACUUUAUUUGUUAUAAAGAUAAAACGUCAGGGAAAAAAAGUGUACAUGCAAUGUAAAUGAUUACAUAAAAGCCAAACAUAUAGUAUCAACAUAAUUCAUUGGCAACCUUUUUCACUCUGGUGUUAUUGCAAAGGACGACCAUAUAAAAUCAGAUGAUUAUGAUGAGCUGGAUUUGGAUUUGAAGAGAUCCAUUUUAGAAGGAGAGUAAUCUAGUUUGCCCCCUUUAACAAAAGUAAUCUAAUUUACCCCGGUCAGAAAAAAAAAUUAUUUUCGAUAUCCCUUCUUCUUUAUUCUGAAUACCCCUCCUUUAAACAGAUUACAAACCUCGCGAGUAGGCUUUAUUUGCACAAGUAAAGCCCAUUUAUAAAAAGAGAGAAAAAGGCCCAAAAAGGCAAGUACUUGGUCUCUUCUUCCGACCAAACUCUGGUACUUGCUGCUGUGAUUCUCUGUUAAAAGAAUCUAAAACACACACAAAAUAUCUGGAGAAAAUUUAGAGAGAGAGAGAGAGAGAAAGGUCAUGGGAAACAGAGAGCAAGUAGCUGAGCUGAUAGCAUCGCUGGAGCAAGCAACACUCAUGUCUCAUCAAAUCGGAACCGCCGUGGAACGAAACCAGCUCCUUCAAAUCUCCUCCUCUCUCCGCACAGCCCACCACCGCCUCUCCACCUUGCUCCUGUCCACCGUUCCAUCGCCGGCAUCUGAUAACUCUGUCUCCUCCGUCGCUCCGAUGCAAUUAGGGGAGGGCGAGGCUGAAGCGAUGGAAGAUGAGAGAGACUCGGCGGUGGAGAAGGUGGAGGAGAAGAUGAGAGAGUGUUUUAUAAGGAACAAGAGAGCCAAGAAGCGGCCACUGUCUCCGUCGUCUGCGGUGGUGGAGACUUCGGCGACAGAAGAGAGGAGUAGCCGUGAUUAUUAUGGGCAGUUCGAUUUGGACCCAAAUGCCUCCAAGUUGAGAGCUUUGGAUCUUAUCUACCAAUUCCAUGGAUGAUAGUAGAUUAAUCUCACUGUAGACAUUUUUUUUUAAUUCAAGGUUGAGAUUUGAGAAGCUUUCGUGAUUGUAAAAAGACACUUAUCACUUUGGGAAUUACGAAUAAACAAUUUUACACUGCAGAGACAGCGAGUUCUACAAGAACAGCGUUGGGUCUGUGUUCUACUUA